AUGAAUUAUGUGUAUACAGAUCAUAUACUACCCAACUUAGUAUCCCAAGCAUCAACCCACGGAUACACAUUUCUCGCUUCCAGUUCCGGAAAUGACCGUGUUUACGGUCUAGCUCAAUGCCGGGGAGAUGUUUUGAACACCAAAGAAUGCUCUAAGUGUAUCGAAGAAGCAUCAAUCCAAAUCCAAAAAACUUGUCCCAACCAAGCUGAUGCAAGAAUUUUGUACGAAUUUUGUUUCUUACGAUACGAUACUCAGAAAUUUGUAGGAGAAUUAGGUACUUCUGGUGGUUUGAUUUACUUUAACGUCGAAAACGUUAUGGGAGACUCUGCUGUUUUUGAAAAGAUACUUGGAGAUUUAACGGAUAAAGCUACCAGAGAAUCUUUGGAUUGUAGAAACCCGAUUGGAUUUGGCAAGGGGCAAAUUAAGUUAUCGCCAUUUGAGACAUUAUACACUCUGGUACAAUGUACAAGAGACUUGUCUAAAUUAGCUUGUUCGCAAUGUCUAGCAACUGCUGUUGGAAAUUAUGCUGGGUACUGCAAGGAUAAGAAAGGAUGUCGCGCUAUAUAUAGUAGUUGCUUUGUAAGAUACGAGCUGUAUCCGAUCUUUACGCAGGGCGUGCAAGAAGUCCGAAACCGUGAAUUUUACCCGUAUCCAUCCGCAAAGUUGCGAGUGAAAUCCAAUCCACAAAAUCUAUGA